AUCGGUUUUUCCUCAAGUUCUUUCUAAAGUGCAACCAAAACUGCCUCAAGAACGCCGGGAACCCGAGAGACAUGAGACGAUUUCAGGUGAUCAUCUCGACCCAAGUCGGAGUCGAAGGGCCGCUCCUAGCUGUUUCGGACAAUAUGUUUGUCCACAACAACAGUAAACACGGCCGGAGGGCGAAACGCCUUGACCCGAGUGACCCCGGCGAGUACAACAAAUUGAUGUACUGUACCCUUGACGGAGUGAUGCAUUACAAAGGCCUCUAUCCACCCCUGCCCGUCGCUACCCCAUGCAUCAAGGCGAUAUCGCCCAGCGAAGGAUGGACGUCCGGCGGUUCCACCGUCAUCAUCGUCGGUGACAACUUCUUCGACGGACUGCAGGUCGUCUUCGGGACCAUGCUCGUGUGGAGCGAGCUAAUCACACCGCACGCCAUCAGAGUCCAGACACCACCGCGGCACAUACCAGGAGUCGUCGAAGUGACUCUAUCCUACAAGAAUAAACAAUUCUGCAAAGGAGCACCGGGCCGGUUUGUCUACGUUUCACUGAACGAACCAACGAUCGACUACGGAUUCCAGAGGCUACAGAAACUCAUCCCCAGGCAUCCAGGCGACCCGGAAAAGCUUCCGAAGGAAAUAAUCCUGAAGAGGGCGGCUGACCUGGCAGAAGCUUUGUACAGCAUGCCGAGGGGUGGGAACGCGGGCAUCACCGGCGCGCCCAGAAGUCCGGGUUCCGGUCAUCCUCCACCACCGCCAACGUCCACCUCCGCGACAGCCUUCAACUCUUAUACAGGACAGCUAGCCGUGACCGUGCAGGAAAACGGUAGCGCUAAAUGGACCGACGACGGCGGCUCGGCGACGACGGGAGCCGGGGGAGGUGGCGGUGGUAGCGUCGGAGGCAGUGCGGACGCCUACCGUCAGAGCAGCAGCGUCAGCCCCCGCGGGGGUGGCACUGGUGGUGGCUACUGUGGGAGCAGCGCGAGCACCCCACACAGUCACAGUACCGCCGGAAGCUACUCAGCCGCUACCAACCCCUACACGGUUCCCCUACCCGGAAGUCCAACCCUCUACAACUCCCCGCACGAACAGUACGGCAUUUUCUAUUCGUCCGGCGACGCCAGUGCUUUCGCCCCGGUCCUGAGACCCCCGACUUCCUCGGUCCCGUCGCACUGGCCCACCCAGCAUCACCUCGCUACCGCAGCACAGUAACCGAUAUACUAAUUCAACAACGGUUAGGAGGAGUCGUGGGUUCGCCGUUCAACAUGAACCCGUUUAUGCUGCCAACCUGCAGCCAAGGCUACUCAGCCGCUGGUAGUCCUCUGCUGUCAACUUCCGGUAAAUAGUGUUACGAAAUCUAAGCUUCCUCGAGGAGAGGCGACUCCCCGGUGGAGCGCUGACCCGGAUGAAGCUUAGAAAGUGAACGAGCGAUGAAGAUGGAAGACGAAGUACCCAGAGCAGACGAUCGUGAUAAGUGUGUACACAUAUUAAUGAAAAAUUUGGGAUACAUUUAUUAUGUAUGGAUUAUGGGUACAUGUAUUUAUGUAUAAUAGUAACCAGUAAGAUGAUAAAUUUAUGCUAGUGAUAGCUAGGAAAGUUUCUUUUGUUUCUCUGUUAUUGUUUCACUUUGUUUAUAACGAAGUUUUGAAGUCAACAUUAUUUCGAAGAAUACCAGUGCAAAUUUAUUAGGAUUGUGAGAAGCAACACAUGUAUAGUGAUAACGCGUUAUAUAUAGUAGCGAGUAAGAAAUAAGGAAUAUACAUAUCGCAGCUACUGAGGAGUUAGUAUUUACCAAUAGUUUAUUGUAUCGAUAAAUAUGUAUGCAAAUAUGUAUGUACAUAGGUUUACAGAAAGAUAUAUUCACAUAUGUCAAUGUAUGUAUAUGAAUGCAUCAUAAUUUUAUUACACGCCAUUAUCACAGUACCUACCGUUUCUCUGCUGGUUUUUAGUUUCUUUUGGAGUCGUGUUUUUUAUUUUUAUUUUUUUUCUACAUUGUCCACACAGCAUAAUCUUUGAUAAGUUGUAUUCGUAAAAGAUAAAGGUUUACUAGGUGACGCACACAUACAAUGGGCAUAGCUACACAAUUUGUACAGGAUGGAAUAUUUCUAACCGAAUUCUAAAAUUACUCAAACAGCUAUGAAACGCUGUGUAGUCAGAGACAUAUCGCUUUUGAAACUCUGUAAUUUUGAAUCUAAGAGGAAAAAUACCGAAUGAAUCAGUGACAUAAUGAAAGAGAAACUAGUAAAAAAAAAAUGACUAAUAAA